AUGGGAUGGAUGGACGGGAUGCUGCUGGUGGGUGUGUGUGCGUCUGUGUACCUGAUGAGGUGCCCUAGCUUCUGGUCGAGACCACUGAGCGGUUAUCUUUUUGGGAUUGACUGGUCGACGCUGUCUCGGGUUGUACAACGCGGUGCUGUACAACACGUCCAUCUACAGUGUACUCCGUACUCGAGGCAGUACUGUACAAGGCGAGUGACGGGCACCCAGGAUGGAGCAUGCUCAUCAAUAACUGACGGCGACGAUCAUGACGCUGAGUGGUCUGAAGGAGACGGGAACCAGCGAACGAGUGGACAUCAGACACGGACCAGCCAAACCCAGCCAGUCCCCUAA